AAUGAAACCGGGCGGUGGGAAUACAUAAAUAAGGAUAAUGAUUGGGUGGAUUGGAUUGGAUUGGAUUAAUUUAUUUUAAUGUGUCAUUAAAUCUAAAUCUACUCCUUUGAUACAUGGAGAGUGAUAAGUAAACCCACUUUUUCUUCAGGGGGAGGAGGAUACCAAAGAAUAGUUAAAAAGAAUCUAUCUAAAUUAUUAUUAAGAAGAAAUAAGAAAUAAAAAUUCCUUAAAAAUGCCGACCGCCCCGCAAAUCAGUUCGCCGCCGGACGAGCAGGACAAAUUGUUGGACGAGGCGCUCGGGAUCGUGAAAAUGCAAGCGUUCCAAAUGAAACGUUGUUUGGAUAAGGGUCGCCUCAUGGACGGGUUGAAACACGCGUCCACCAUGCUCGGCGAACUCAGAACGUCCAUGCUCUCGCCGAAGAGUUACUACGAAUUAUACAUGGCCGUCACGGAUGAGCUUCGUCACCUCGAAAUCUAUUUGGUGGAUGAAUUUCAAAAAGGGCGACAAGUUUCGGAUCUUUACGAACUUGUCCAGUAUGCUGGGAAUAUCGUGCCAAGACUCUACCUCCUCAUCACGGUGGGUCUUGUCUACAUCAAGACGAAACCAGUCCUUUGUCGCGACGUGUUGAAGGACAUGGUGGAAAUGUGUCGCGGAGUUCAGCACCCUUUGCGCGGCCUGUUCCUGCGCAACUACCUCCUCCAAUGUACGCGCAACGUGCUGCCAGACAUUCCCGACUUGGUGGAGGGGGCGGACCCGCCCCCUCCGCCGCCGCCGACCACGUUGGCCACCCAGAUAACCACGUCCGGAGAGGAGGACGGUUUCGGGGGUUCGGUUCAAGACUCGAUCGACUUUGUUCUCAUGAACUUUGCCGAGAUGAACAAGUUGUGGGUGCGGAUGCAGCACCAAGGUCAUUCCCGGGACAAGGAGAGGAGGGAGAAGGAACGGCAGGACUUGAGAAUAUUGGUCGGAACGAAUCUCGUCCGCUUGUCGCAGUUGGAGUGUAUCGAUUUGGAGAGAUAUACCAGGGGCGUGUUGCCGAGCCUGUUGGAGCAGGUGGUCUCGUGUCGUGACGCCAUAGCGCAAGAGUACCUUAUGGAAUGCAUCAUCCAAGUCUUUCCCGACGAGUUCCACCUCACCGCCCUCGACUCCUUCCUCAAAGCCUGCGCCGAACUCCAGCCCGCCGUCAACGUCAAGAACAUCAUCAUCGCCCUCAUCGACAGACUCGCAGCCUACACGCAGAGGGGGAAGGACGAGCCGGGUGCGAAUAAUGGGGGCACAGGCGGCACCACCCUCCCCGAGGAUUUGCAACUCUUUUCCAUCUUUUCUAAACAAGUGGCCCUAAUUAUCAUGUCAAAGCCGGACAUGCCUUCCGAGGACAUCGUCUCCCUGCAAGUCUCCCUCAUCAACCUGGCCAACAAAUGCUACCCUGACCACGUGGACUAUGUGGACGACGUGUUGGGCAAGACGUGCGAAAUCUUUAACAAGUUCGACCUGGAGAAGAUUUCCGGUUCGAGUCCGGUCGGCCGGGAGCUGCUCCUCCUCCUCAAAAUCCCCGUGGACAAUUACGACAACGUGCUGACCCUCCUGAAGCUGGAGCACUACGGGAAUCUCUUGGACUUUAUGGACUACGAGGGGCGCAAGAGCAUCGCCGUGUACUUGAUCAACAACGCGUUGGAGAACGAGACCCGGAUCGGGACUUCGGAACAGAUCGAUUUCAUGUUGGGGCUUAUCAACCCGCUCAUCCAGGACCAAGCGGACGCCCCCGAUGGCAACGGGGGCUCUGCAGAUGCGGAAGAGUUUGCCGAGGAACAGAGUCUCCUGGGAAGAUUCCUGCACCUCUUAUCGUCGGAGGAUGCGGACGAGCAGUACAUCAUACUCAACACGGCGCGCCGACAUUUGGGGACGGGCGGCGUGAAAAGAAUCCCCUUCACGUUACCACCCAUCAUUUUCGCAGCGUACCAACUCGCCUUCAAGUACGCCGAGAUGAAGGAGGAGGACGACAAAUGGGAGAAGAAGUGUGGUAAAAUAUUCCAAUUUUGCCACGGGACGAUUGUCGCCUUAACAAAGGCGGAACUCGCGGAACUGCCGCUGCGUCUCUUUCUCCAAGGUGCCCUUGCCAUUGCGCAGAUACCGUUCGAAAACAGGGAAACGGUCGCGUACGAGUACAUGUCGCAGGCCUUCUCCCUGUACGAGGACGAAAUCUCUGACAGCAAAGCCCAACUGGCCGCCAUCACCCUGAUCAUCGCCACUCUCGAGCAGAUUGGCUGCUUCGGAGAAGAGAAUCACGAACCCCUCGCGACAAACUGUGCCCUCGCGGCGUCCAAACUUCUCAAGAAGCCGGAUCAAGCUCGCGGUGUCGGGAUUUGCGCGCACCUCUUCUGGUCCGGGAAGAACGUGGCGUCGAACGGGCUGCCGAUCCGGGACGGGAAACGGGUCCUGGAAUGUUUGAAGAAAGGGGUCCGGAUCGGGAGCCAGUGCAUGGACACGCUCGUGCAGGUCCAGCUGCUUGUUGAACUACUCAAUCAUUACGUCUACUUUUUGGAGAAGGGGAACGAGGAAAUCACGGCCGCCUUGUUGAACCAACUCCUCGCCAAGAUUCGCACCGAGCUGCCGAACCUGGAAGUGAACGAGGAGAGGGAACAGAUCCAUAAACACUUUGACAAUACGAAGGAACACAUCAAAGUUGGCCAAGCGAAUGGUGGCGUUCUCGUCGAAGUGCAGUUGGAAGAGUGAGAAAGAGAGAGAGAGAGCUUCAGUUUUUUGGAGUAAUGUAGGAUUCGGGGAGGCGUCAUGAAAAUUGGGAAGAGCAGGACGUUUGUAAUCAUUUUUCGCCUCUGGGAACUUAGUUUAAAAUUCUGGAUGAUUAAUUUGCAGUCAGUGAGUUGAUUGAUGGGAUGGCACUGAGUUUUUUAAGCCAAUUUCAACAAGUUCCAAUUUUUUUGAAGGCUUCUUAAACUUGAAAUCUCCUCCGCCAAAAACUAUCAAAAUCUGGAGUGUAUAUUUUCAAAAAUAGGCAACUCCCUGUUCUACAAAUUUGUCGUUCAGCACUUCAAAAUAACUUCCCAGAGCGGAGAAAUGAUUAAAAAUGUCCUAAUUUCGACGAUUUUAGUGGCGAGUCCUCGAAUCCUACGUUAAUCUGAUGCCAUGAUGACAAGAUGAUGAUAAUAAUUAAGUAAUUAGUUAGCUAAUUGAUGUCACGUUUAGUUUAUUUAUGGUACGAAAAACUAUUAUUAUGUAAAACACAUCACAUUACAGUAAAAGGAAUAAUAAAUAAGAUUAAUGAUUUGUUAUCUAA